AUGGUUUCAUUACUUGAGAAUAUUGAUACUGUUAAUGCUGAUAAUGCUGAUGAUUCUGAUGCACCUAUUGAAGUAACAACGAAAACAUCAAAAGUUGAGAAGAAAAAGAAGAAGAAGAAGAAAACGAAACGUCGCAUUCAAUAUACACUUGCGACGGAAGAGGAUAAUGAUCCAAAUGAUAAACAUUUAGAUGAAGAAUCUGCUCUUACACAUUUAGUUUUUGGUGAUGAUGAUGAUUAUCUUGAUGAAUUAACAUCAAGAGCUACAACAGAUAAACAAACUACUACAAUUAAAACAACAAAAGUAACAGUCGAAUCAAAAAAACCAGCAUGGAUCGAUAGUGAAGAAGUAACAGAAGAAAUUGUUCGUGAACCAAAUUUCAAUCAAAUGUGUCCACGAAAACGUCGAAAAAUCACCACGGGAGAAUAUGAAACAAAACUUAAAUUCGAAUAUGAACGUGUUAUGGGUCGGCCAUCAUGGGCAGAAAAAUUAUUAAACAAAACAACAGAUGCAGAUGAUAGUGAUGAAGAAUUAUUUCGUCGUACGGGGAACUAUCUAACAAAAUCAACUGUUUUACGAGCUGGAACAAUUGAUUGUUUACGUUGUGCAGAUUUUAAACAUGAUGUAGCUCAUUCUAAACUUUUACGAUCGGUCGAAUUUCAUCCGACUGCUCGAAUACUUCUUACAGCUGGACGAAGUCAAUAUUUAAAUUUAUAUCAAGUUGAUGGAAAGAAAAAUGAACGUAUUCAAUCACUUUUUUUUGAUCGAUUUUCAAUUAAUACAACACAUUUUAGUCAAGACGGUAAUCAAGUGAUAGUUACCGGUGAUCGAAAUUUUUUUAAAGUUUAUGAUAUGAUCGAAGGAAAAAUUAUGCAAAUACCCAUGAUGAGAGGAUUUGAAGAACGUUUGGGUAAAUUUGAAUUAACUCCUGAUGGAUCUUUAAUUGUAUUUAUUAAUCGAAAUGGUCAAUUACAUUUUGUAUCUGCAAAAUCAAAAGAAUUAAUCGAUAGUACUCAACUAUCAGGAAAUAUUAAUACUGUGACAUUUCGACACGACAGUGAACUAAUGUUUGCUUCCGGCGAUGAAGGUAUUGUCACAGUUUUCGAUAUGCGUCGACGAGCAGCUAUACAUCGUUUUGUUGAUGAUGGUAGUUAUUCAACAACGAAUAUGAGUGUUUCACCGAAUCAACAAUACUUGAUUACUGGGGAUUGUGCUAAUAGCUUUUUCUCAUUAAAUUUUAUUGCUUUCAGUCAAAAGAGUGGCAUUGUUAAUGUUUAUUCAUACGAUGAUGUAUUUAAAAAUGGUGAACCAAAACCGAUAAAAUAUUUGAAAAAUUUAACAACACCAAUACAAAAUAUUAAGAUAAAUUCUAGUUCAGAAUUAUUAGCUAUUAAUUCAUAUCAUUUACCACGAGCUGUUCGAUUGAUUCAUAUGCCUACAUUAACUGUUUACGAAAAUUUUCCAGAAUUUCAUGAUAAAAAAAUUCAAAUUGUUAAUGCAUUGGAUUUUUCACCUAACAGUGGUUUUCUAACAUUAGGCAACAAUAAUGGCAAAGUGCUUUUGUAUCGACUUAAGCAUUAUAGUACUUAUUAA